AUGGCUAAAAAGAAAAAUAAAUCUAGUACAAAUACUUCAAAGGCAACAUUGAGGAGAGAUUUUGAUGAUCCCGUCAUAGCUUUAAAAGCUCCAUCGACACCUAUCUCUCCUUUGGCUGGUUUGGAGGUUGAGGAUUGUUCGGAUAAAGAUGAUUACCUUAAAGAAGAAGUGGACUACUCGAAUUUAGAUGGGGAGCGGAUCUCUCGAUCAAAGUUCUUCAAGACACCUCCUCAUUUGUUGGCGGGGGAUGCCGAUGUUUAUGUUCAAAAUCCUAUUUGCAAGUUGUUGACCCUCGACAAGUUAGAUCCAGAUUGGAUAACACUUUUCACCAUAGUGGAGAGUUACGAUUGGGUAAUAGUUCAAGUGCAUAAGGGAAUUCCCAAGUUGGCGGGUCCUUGGGCACCUCUUGCUUGA